AUGACUAACCUAGGUCCCAUAACACUAUCUAUCUAUCUAUCUAUCUAUCUAUCUAUCUAUCUAUCUAUCUAUCUAUUAAACUUCUCACUCUUCCACUGUGUCUGUCUGUCUCCCUCUAUUCAAAUCUAUCUAUCUAUCUAUCUAUCUAUCUAUCUAUCUAUCUAUAUAUAUAUAUAUAUAUAUAUAUUUCAGCAGUAUGUUUCCUAUCUAUCUAUCUAUAUUUCAGUAUCUAUCUAUCUAUCUAUCUAUAUAUAUAUAUAUAUUUCAGUAUGUUUCCUAUUAUCAAUAUCUAUCUAUCUAUCAUCUAUCUACCUAUCUCUUCUCUAUCUGUAUGUUUCCUUCAUCUAUCUAUCUAUCUGUCACAAGAACAAAAAUUCAAUCUAUACUGUGGAUUGGCAUUAUUCGCGCCUCUACAUGCUGUGUUCACUGGACCGGAUGCUUUCUGAAUUGAACUGCAUUUGUAUCUAUCUAUCUAUCUAUCUAUCUAUCUAUCUAUGGCAUCUAAAACUCUACUGUUAUCUAUCUAUCUAUCUAUCUAUCUAUCUAUCUAUCUUUAUCUAUCUAUCUAUCUAUCUAUCUAUCUAUCUAUCUAAAUAUCUAUCUAUCUAUGGCUCUUCAUUAUCUAAGACUCUGUUAUCUAUCUAUCUAUCUAUCUAA